CCGUCUCCGCGCAAACAGUGUCAUGUCCACACUGACGAGCCCCGGUGCCUCAUGCCAAACUUCCUCCCCCUGUUUGGUUGACAGCAGCAGCGUCACCGAUCCUCUUGCAGCCCAACCUGGACUCCUGCUCUCAGUGACUGACUCCUCCCCACUGCGUUUACGGACCUGUAGCACCAGACCAGUUAGACGGCGAAAGAGAACGAUGACCCCCGUGUACAAGAAAGACUCCACCUACUGGGACAAGCGGCGAAAGAACAAUGAGGCGGCGAGGAGGUCCAGGGAGAGACGCAGGCUGAAUGACCUGAUGAUGGAGGGCCAGUUGCUGGCCCUCAAUGAGGAGAACGCACAGUUACGUGCUCAUCUCAGUCUGCAGUAUCACACCAGUGUGAGUGCAGGCAGAAGCAAAGCUGCUUCACCUGUUGGGGCAACUUUCACUUCACCUGUGGUUGCUCCAUUGUCCUUAUCACCCAGAAACCCAUCUUAUUCCCGGGAAGGACACUGGGUGAACGAUGGGGAUGCCACAGCCUCCAUCCUGAGUGUGAGGCAUCGAGACAAUCGUCCUUGUGAGACAGACGUGUCUUGUUUUGGCACAACUGAAGCUGAUGGUGUGUUCAAAAGUGCCACCGCCUCUCUGCAGGGUCUGAGGUCAGCGGAGGCAGAGAUGGGUCCCCAGCGACGCAUCGCUUUUAGUGAUGACAACUUCACCCAGAACUAUUAUAUCCAAGCAUAUCUGCACGCACCUGCUGACACACCCCGCCAUGCCUCCACAAACAAACCUCACAGUUGGUUAGAGUCUCAUCUGAGUUCCUCAGCAGUGUAUAAUAACCUUCUGCUGCCUUGGUGGUUCUCAUAUACUCCACCACCAACAACCCUCUACUCAUGUCUGCCUCCCUACAGACUCAGUUGUGCUGGGCCAGGUCUACAUCUCAGUGCUGAUGGACGCUAACACAGGCCUUUAUUAGGACAGAAGGCUAAUGUGUACAUUUGAUGUUAGAAUCAUGGUGAUUGAAAAAAACAUGUAUGCGAAUGUUAUAAAUGCUAUUAUUAAUGAAUGAAAUUUCAUUUUUAAUACAUUUAAGAACAUAAUGGUUUGAAGAAGACAGUGGGAAGAAGAAGAUUCUCACCCCCAUAUUCAAAAAUAAUUGUAUUAUUGUUUAUAACUGUACAAUAUUUACUGGUGUGAUCAUAAUGUGGUCAUAAUGAAAUUAUUUUGAGAGUGCCUUUGAAGUGUUUUGCCUUUAUAUUCUACAAAAUUUAGGAAAUGUUCUAAUUCUUAUUAACAACUGAAUUGUGGCACAUUUUUAAUAUUUGACUUUGAAGCAUGAAAUUAGAGAAGCUAGUAAUAUGAUCAUAUGAUAUUGUCAUUAUCAUUCAGCUUAAAUUACUGACCGAUUUGAAAGUAGUUGGUUGAUUUUGUUGAAAGAUAGUGAAACUAGGUGCUUCUCUACUUUGGUAUUUCCCUUUAUCGCCACUGUGUGAUUUCCCAGCAGAUGUCGAUUAACCGGUAAAAUCGAUCAUCACCAUAGCUUUCAACAGCUUAGAACUCAUGUGAAAGAGUCGUCACCAUCUACUGCAUCAUUUUCAUUAAAUACAUUACAUGCAUGUGUUUUGCAUGCAUGUAGUGUAUAGGCUAUUUUCUACCUUUUAAUAAUAAAAAAUGUCAACAGAUCAUGCAUAUUACUGCAAAACAUUUGUUUCGUGUAAGCUUUGGAAAUGAAGAGCACAUGAGCCUUUAGUGUUUUUACUGACGUUUGAGGGUGCAUACAUUGCUGUAUACACAGCCAAGAAAAUCCAUCUAAAAAGUUCCCCGGGGUUGCGAUUAUCUGUCUAAUGUAGAAUAAGGAAUUAUUAAUCUUGUUAAAAAGAUCACAUGAACAAAAGAUUCACAUUUAUUGCGGUUUUCUAAUCAGGGAUGUAAUUAAACUGUAGCUCCUUGCUCUCAUGCAGACAGCACUUACCUGCAGACACCAGCAGAGGCUGCUACAACAUUAAUGAUGCUGCAGAUGACAAGUGCUGGGUGCACACUUCAAACAGUGUUUCAAAUAAUAACAAUAAUCAUGAUUGGAAGUGUGUUACUGGGGGGCUCAAACGAAAACAAGAACAUAUCAAGGAGUAAAUAAUGCGACCACUGUAAAUAUGCGAAACACAAAAAAUAAGAUUUGACUGUUUGAAGGAGUGGCAGUGAAGGGGAACGGAGUCAGAUUUAAUGGCUGAUCUCGGAUUGCGCUGAUUUUGGCAAUCAUUAUUAACUUGUAAGGUCACAGAUGUUUCCAAAGUUGUGUAACGUCAGAUUAUGCUCAACAUACUGAUCAACCACAACUUUAAAACAAGUGCCUGGUUUUUAAAGAUGCGAUAAGUGACCCAUUUUUCUUUCACAACUGACAGAGUGAAAAGAAGUAUUUUAAUGUGUCAGGUCUAAAUACAGAAGCCGACAAAGGUUGAG